AUGGCCACACCUCAGGAUUCAAUCCACAUACUCAAAAGUUAGAACCACCUUGUACAGCAUAAUAAACAGUACCACAAAAAAGUACUACUAAGUAGCUUCCAUUUGAAUGGUCACACAAUAGGAUUUCAUCCACAGACUGAAAAGUUUGAAUCACCUUGUACAGCACACUAAACAGACCUACAUGGAAGAACUGCUUAGUUGCUUUUAUUUUCGUCACAAUUCAGGACUUCUAAGAGCACUUCUACUUCAAAUGAAAACUUGCUGCAUGACAGUUUGCCAAAAUGCCCACAGGUCAGUUGUUGUUUAAUACGGUAGCUUCAGGUUGUCCUUGUUGACUAACUAUGACAAAUAACUGCAUUAUAGCUAUAAAGCCGAAAAGUCAAGCACAAUUUUCGUAACGGGGAGAACGAAGGUAGACCCUAAAUUUUAAGCUGAUCAAAAUGCUUGCAAUCACGUCUUGAGCAGUGCUUUCAAUGGUUUUAACAAACCAGACAUUUUCACCCCCAAAACGGCAACACUUAGUUACGGUCAAUCGAUUCAGUGACGUUAGAGACUUUACUCCUUUAAAGCUAAUAUCUUAUAUCUAAGUUUAUAGUUUAUUUUUGUAGAGGAGCGAGGUGUUUGGUAUUGACGUAAAGAGUUAAACUACGGAUACAAUCAAAAAUUGUGUUUACCUAGUACGUGUAUGUUCGUGCCAUUCUGCUUGCAUUCGACAUUUGCAGUUCAGUGUGUUUGAGGCUUGUUUGUUUGUUUGUUUUUGCUUCUUGUUGAAAUUUUCAGCUUAAAUUUUGAAGGAUAUGCCUCAAUACUUUUCGGCUCUAUACUUUUUUUGUUGUUUAAGUGCGCAAGAACAGAUGUAAAAUUUUGAAUGUUGACUUCGAAGCCACGUCUACUGCGCAGUUUUGCAGCAACUCCUUUGCAUUUUAAAUCAUUUCCUCUUUGAAGAUUUUAUCUUUCCCGUCUUUUUUCAAUAAAGGUAAUUGUAUCAAGAGCUUUGUAACUCCAAAAUUUACAUGUGUCAUAUCUUUUGUUGUCGAGCAAUUGAACUGGAAUGGCGUUUAAGACCUGAAUUUACUGAAACAACCGACGACCAAUGGUUUCUUAGUAACUAAACUUUGAGGGUAAGUCAUUUUAAGUGAAUAUUUUAUUAUUUAUGGGGACAAUUCUUUGGCCUGAAGCUAAACCUUUGACUGAGAGAAUCCGAGUGCAUUGAGCAGUAAUUAAAACAUUUUACUGAAGAUCGAUUCCCUGACACAUUUCUUUUUAUCUCCAUUAAACUUACCCUCAGCUUUACGUUAGAUCAUAUUAGAAAUAGAAGUCUCGAGAACUCCUCGUGAGGAAUUUAUUGUCUUAAGUACAUUAUGUAAGAACCAGUCUGCGGUUCUUUAAAAAGAAGGUCUGCGUAACUAGAUUUUAAUACGGAUUUAUAUUAGCACUUCUGACAAAAAUAAACCUAUAUGCCAUUAGGCGGAUGGCGAUAAUCUGUUAUUAUUGAUCGGAUGUUUCUAUAAAGCCACGGGCGACCGCCUUCACGGCACGUUAUGUAUGAAUGUCUGUCCGCCGCAAGCUUUCUAAGGAAAUAAUCAUUAUAUAUGGGGUACAUAUCCUCUUUGGUUUGGUUUAGCCUGCCUGUGAAAGGUAACCUCAAAAAAUCAAACAGCCACCGAAUGACUUCAGGUACCAUAUUCUGUAAUUAAGUUAAUUGUGUUUUUAGAUGUGGAUUUAGAGCAAGAAUGCUUUGUGCUAAGAUCUUAAACGGAGCUUAUUCUCAUUUGUUCCACUGGAUAGAUUGA